AUGGGACGAGCUGACGGAGUACAUGGACAAGCUUGUCGGGUGGUCCGGCGACACGAUCAAGGGCUGGAAAACAUGCUGGCCAAGGAGUGCGACAAGAUGUGCAAGGAGGUGGGCGCCUACCCCAAGUGCUCGUGCCCGGACUUCGUGGAGCCAGACUCGACCCCAGGCGUGAUGACGUGGGACGAGCUGCUGGAGUACAUGGACAAGCUUGUCGGGUGGUCUGGCGACACCAUCAAGGGCUGGAAGGGCACUGCGGCAGAGAUCCAGACGAGCGCGUCGUCCGUCGACGCGGAGAAGAGCUGCGAGGCUGAGGACUUGAGAGUGCGGGCAUUCUUGCAGAACAAGCUGGCCAAGGAGUGCGACAAGAUGUGCAAGGAGGUGGGCGCCUACCCCAAGUGUUCGUGCCCGGACUUCGUGGAGCCAGACUCAACCCCAGGCGUGAUGACGUGGGACGAGCUGCUGGAGUACAUGGACAAGCUUGUCGGGUGGUCUGGCGACACCAUCAAGGGCUGGAAGGGCACUGCGGCAGAGAUCCAGACGAGCGCGUCGUCCGUCGACGCGGAGAAGAGCUGCGAGGCUGAGGACCGGAGAGUGCGGGCGUUCUUGCAGAACAAGUUGGCCAAGGAGUGCGACAAGAUGUGCAAGGAGGUGGGCGCCUACCCCAAGUGUUCGUGCCCAGACUUCGUGGAGCCAGACUCGACCCCAGGCGUGAUGACGUGGGACGAGCUGCUGGAGUACAUGGACAAGCUUGUCGGGUGGUCUGGCGACACGAUCAAGGGCUGGAAGGGCACUGCGGCAGAGAUCCAGACGAGCGAGUCGUCCGUCGACGCGGAGAAGAGCUGCGAGGCUGAGGACCGGAGAGUGCGGGCUUUCUUGCAGAACAAGUUGGCCAAGGAGUGCGACAAGAUGUGCAAGGAGGUGGGCGCCUACCCCAAGUGUUCGUGCCCAGACUUCGUGGAGCCAGACUCGACCCCAGGCGUGAUGACGUGGGACGAGCUGACGGAGUACAUGGACAAGCUUGUCGGGUGGUCUGGCGACACGCAUCAAGGGCUGGAAGGGUGCCGCUUCUGGACGCUAGCGUGGCCCUGA